AUCUGUGUGAUUCGAUCUAUUUUGGUUGAUUGUUUGGUUGCAUUGCGCCGAGGCGAUCGGCCGCCGGGGUCGUGAUCUGGGUUGACAGAAGAGAGUGAGCACACGGCGGGGACGGCAUCGCGGUGGUGCUGUCGCUGUGGCGUGCUCACUUCUCUCUCUGUCAUCUCCAUCUCCCCGGGCCGGCGGCGGUGACGCCGGUGAGGGAAAACUAAUCGAUCGAGGUCUUCCUUUUGUUCCCCCUUUGGAGAUGAUAUAGAAAAACGGUCGAGGGCUGGCAAUGGACUUGGUCUUGCUUAUCUCGUGUCGGCCAUCUGCUGCUCUCUGGCCGAUACGUUCCAUCCGAUGGGGUUUCCGAGGCAGGGGUUGCAGUGUAUCAUUUUAUGGCGUAAACGUCUUGGGGACUUGAUCGUGCUUUCUUCCUUUCUAAUAAUCGUUGUUGAAAAUGCUAAACCUGAUGGAUCAGACCGAAGAAAUGGAAAAAAAAAAAAAAAUUUUUUAAGGUGGAUCGGCGUGUGCAAGCGUGACUUUUGAGAUGAAUAAUACUUUGGAUGGCGACUGGAAUUGGAUAACGAUUGAGGGGAGUUUUAAGAAGCUGAAGGCUGCUUCGGACAUGUUGGUCCCCGAUUUCUGGGUCGUUGGCUCCGUUUUUGGUCAGUGGCGAAGCAAGUUGAGGAAGCAAGUGCAUCCGAGUGGAGUUUUUGUUCCUUGGUUCAUAACAUGUUGGGUAGAAGGCUUCGAUAGCUCGAGGUUCUAUCACCGUACAGGUUCUUGAAGGUUGAAAUGAAAUUUGUAGCAAUGUGGAUGGUUUUCCCCGUCCAACGUCUUAAAGUUAAUGGGCCAAACAGAACAGGGCUGAUCGUGACCCUCUUCCAGUGGACUUCCGUCAGGAUGCCUCCACGCUUCCAUACCCCAUUAUGGAGCCGUCGACGACAGACGCUAGACCCUGGUGAAGACCCUUGCCCAUGAUAGCUCACCUGUCGGGACCUCCGUCUAUUCCGACUUGUGUGACCUCCUGUAUUGUCUUGUAGCAGGUCAAGUUUGGCUCUUUUUUAGCAUAAAUAUUUCCAUAAUUCUUUAAAAAAGUAUGUCCUUCCGUUUUCUUUCUUUCUCCUCUUUUUCUCUUGAUGGAUGCCAGGAGGUGAUUUCCAGACUGAACGAAGCAAAUCAGGAGAGGAUGAUGCAAUUAUUGUUUGGAAGUAGCUGCUAUGUGAGCUUUGCAUAGUGACGGAUGAUUCGAGGAAAAAGUUUUUGACAUUGGAGACGGUAUAAUUUGACAUGCAAGACUGAAUCACCCCCUCGUAUGCCCAUUCUACAGGUCAGUAACAGUUCUUGUGCAUGGGCUGCUGCAAAUGAUAUCAUCGUUCACCAAUUAAUUGUCUUUAUACUGAAACUGCUGGCUGUCUCAUCCUACAACUCAGCUUCCUUUAAGUCUGACACUUUCAUAUCAUACUGCAGAAGCGUUGGAAUGACAACUGAAGUUAAAAGGAACAUACACAAGAAUUUUCUUGGUCUUGCGUGCACGAGAAGUACAUGUAUAUUAUAUUUGGAUUUCAUUGAUGAGAUCUCGGCCCUUCCCGGACAGCCACCAGUCUCCUUCUUGCAGUUUUCCGGCUAUGUUACGGUGAACAAAGAGCACGGCAGGGCUCUCUUCUACUGGCUUACGGAGGCUGCUAGCUACUCGGCCAAGAAGCCCCUGGUUCUUUGGCUCAAUGGAGGACCGGGAUGUUCGUCGGUGGCCUACGGCGCAUCCGAAGAAAUUGGACCAUUCCGGAUCAACAAAACCGGUUCAUCUCUCUACCUCAAUAAGUUCUCAUGGAACAGAGAAGCAAACUUACUGUUCUUGGAAUCGCCGGCCGGAGUUGGUUUCUCCUACACCGACACCGUGUCCGACCUUAAGAACUCCGGUGAUGAACGCACAGCUCAAGAUGCCUUGAUGUUCUUGAUCCAUUGGAUGUCAAGAUUUCCACAAUACAAGAAUCGAGAUUUUUACAUUUCCGGAGAAAGCUAUGCAGGACACUAUGUGCCUCAACUGGCUAAAAAGAUUGUUGAAUACAACAAAGCUUCUUUGAAACCUUUUAUCAACCUCAAAGGAAUUCUUGUAGGCAAUGCAGUCACAGACAAUUACUUUGACAGCAUUGGCACGAUCUCAUACUGGUGGACUCACUCCAUGAUCUCAGACCAAACGUAUCGAUCGAUACUCUCAUCCUGCAACUUCAGCUCUCCCAAAGCAUCCCACGAGUGUGACCACGUCGUUAGCUACGCAAUGAACCACGAGUUCGGUGAUAUAGAUCAGUAUAGCAUUUACACCCCUUCCUGUGUUGCUUCAUCACCCAAGAACACAACAAGGCAACACAAAAUAAGGUUUAAGAACACUCUCAUUCAUGGUCGCUCCUCCUUCGGCUAUGACCCUUGCACCGAGAAUUACGCAGAGAAAUACUACAAUCGACAAGAUGUUCAGAAGGCAAUGCACGCCAACACCACGGGCAUUCCCUACAAAUGGACUGCAUGCAGUGAUAUCUUGAUCAAGACAUGGGCCGACACUCAGAUUUCCAUGCUUCCAACCUACAAAGAGCUGAUAGCAGCCGGACUAAGGAUAUGGAUGUUCAGGUACCCACUCACACUUGCUCAAAGAAAACAAUGUGUAACCAUAUCCAUUGUGCAUUGCAGUGGCGACAUCGAUUCGGUAGUUCCUGUGACCGCGACGAGGUUUGCCAUCAGCCAUUUGAGGCUGAAGAUCAAGAUCCCUUGGUAUCCAUGGUACUUGGAAAGGCAGGUUGGAGGGUGGACUGAGGUGUAUGAAGGGAUGACAUUUGCUUCAGUGAGAGGUGCAGGCCAUGAGGUUCCACUUCUCCAGCCAAAGAGAGCAUUCCAACUCUUCUCUUCAUUCUUGGCAGGGAAACCACUGCCCACCUCCUAAUUAAUCAAUAAUUAAAAUUAAUUAAUUGUAGUAGCAAACGAUUUAAAUUGUUUGCUAAUAUCGCUAUCAUUCACUAAAUAUUAUAAGUUUUACAAAUGAAAAGGAAGAUAAA